CUGAGGUGGCGCUGCAGCGUGAAAGAGCCUGAACGUCAACCGGAAGAAGACGAGAAUAAACUCCGUAUAAACAACAUGGCGUCUCCCUGUGAGGUGUCAUGCCGAGCAGAUGUCAGAGUUGAGUUCAAGCAAAGUUGACUCUUUCGGUGAUUACAGUUUGUCCGGGCGGGCUGUGCGUCUUAUUUCAUCCGCAGACACGUCGUUGGAUGAGGAACAGCUCAUGUUGGCAUCAGUGGCAGUCAGGAUGGCAGCAUCUUCCAGAGGGAAGGUCAGGUCGCUGGUCUCUCUGAGCAGGACGCUGUCCACCAACAAGCCCGGUUCCGCGGCUGGAGAUUACCCUCCUCCGGCUGAAGUCCCCGCUUCUCCCCCGAACAGCGAGCCAGCCGCGGCGCCUCAGCGGAGACCCAAAAAAGACCCCAGCGGCUGCUCCGUGCUCCUCUUCCCCGGUCAGGGCAGCCAGUUUGUGGGCAUGGGCAGAGGACUUUUGAAAUACCCCAACGUUAAAGAAAUGUUCACCGUAGCCCAGAAGAUCCUGGGUUACGACCUGUGUUCCAGAUCUACUGGCGUUUAGAUCAACUGGCGUUAGUCGAACAGA